AUGAGUGGAUCCUGGUCUCUCUGUUUCAGUCAACUUAAUCUUCACUUGCCCACACUGACUCAGAGACAAGUGGAAAAUAAGUGGAAUAAUGAUGUUUUGGACAGUUCAUCUGCCCCCACAGACCAUGACUCUCUCUGUGGGUUUGACAGGGAACGAGCAGUGAACACGUCGCAGCCCGGGUCCCUCCAGUUCACCGUGGGGAAUCUGAAGCCAGAAGCCAUGUACACCUUCCGGGUUGUGGCCUACAACCAGUGGGGGCCUGGGGAGAGCUCUCAGCCCAUCAAGGUGGCCACUCAGCCUGAGUUGCAAGUUCCAGGGCCAGUAGAAAACCUGCAAGCUGUGUCGACCUCACCUACCUCAAUUCUUAUUACCUGGGAACCCCCUGCCUAUGCAAACGGCCCAGUGCAAGGUUACAGAUUGUUCUGCACUGAAGUGUCCACAGGAAAGGAACAGAAUAUAGAGGUUGAUGGGCUAUCUUAUAAACUGGAAGGCCUGAAGAAAUUCACAGAAUACAGUCUUCGAUUCCUAGCUUAUAAUCGCUAUGGGCCAGGAGUAUCUACUGACGAUGUGACGGUGGUUACGCUUUCUGAUGUGCCAAGUGCCCCGCCUCAGAACGUCUCCCUGGAAGUAGUUAAUUCGAGGGUUAUUCCAUUAAGUAAUAGAGUUAUCUACUCACCUAUAUUUAUCAGUACAGGACAUUAUGUGCUGGGUGGAAAACUUGAAUGUGGGAAUGAAAAAUAG